ACGGCGGGGCCGCUCCGGGCGGCGAACGGUGGCGUCACAGCGGGGCCCGGCGGGGCCCGCCCCGGCCGGCGCGCGGGUCACGUGAGCGGCGGCGGCGGCGGCGUCAGCUGAUCGCGGCGCGGCGGCGGCGGCGAUGGACUUUCUGCUGGGGAACCCCUUCAGCUCCCCCGUGGGGCAGCGCAUCGAGAGAGCUACCGAUGGGUCCCUGCGGAGUGAGGACUGGGCUCUCAACAUGGAGAUCUGUGACAUCAUUAAUGAGACUGAAGAAGGGCCCAAAGAUGCCUUCCGAGCCAUUAAGAAGAGAAUUGUAGGGAAUAAGAACUUCCAUGAAGUUAUGCUGGCUUUGACGGUCCUGGAGACCUGUGUCAAGAACUGCGGCCACCGCUUCCACAUCCUUGUGUCCAGCCAGGACUUUGUAGAAGGUGUCCUGGUGAGAACAAUCCUGCCAAAGAACAAUCCACCUGCCAUAGUGCAUGACAAGGUGCUGACCCUCAUCCAGUCCUGGGCAGAUGCCUUCCGCAGCUCUCCGGACUUGACUGGUGUCGUUGCUGUAUAUGAAGACCUGAGACGGAAGGGUUUGGAGUUCCCCAUGACUGAUCUGGACAUGCUGUCACCCAUCCACACACCACAGAGGACUGUCUAUAGCUCCAACUCUCAAUCUGGGCAGAACUCACCUGCAGUCAAUUCCCCUCAGCAGAUGGAGUCCAUCCUCCACCCUGUCACCCUGCCCCCUGGGAGAGGCACAUCCAGUGACGCGCCCAUCACACCCACACCAGAGCAGAUUGGGAAGCUGCGCAGUGAGCUGGAAGUGGUGAAUGGGAACACAAAGGUUAUGUCGGAGAUGUUGACAGAGCUGGUGCCGUCCCAGGCAGAGCCUUCUGACCUGGAGCUGCUGCAAGAGCUGAAUCGGACAUGCAGAGCCAUGCAGCAGCGAGUCCUGGAGCUGAUUCCCCGUGUCCUCCAUGAGCAACUCACUGAGGAGCUGCUCAUCAUCAAUGACAACCUCAAUAACGUGUUUCUACGCCAUGAAAGGUUUGAGCGACUUCGGACAGGACAGCCUGUUAAGGCACCAAAUGAGGCAGAGAACAGCUUGAUUGACCUGGGACCCAGUACUCCUUCAGCAUUGAAACAGCCUGAAGUCACCAGCAACCUUUCCUCUCAGCUGGCUGGAAUGAACCUGGGCUCAAGCAGUGUAAGUGCAGGGCUGCACUCCCUUGACACUUCUGGCAAGCUGGAAGAAGACUUUGACAUGUUUGCCCUGACCCGUGGCAGCUCGCUGGCUGAGCAGCGCAGAGGGGUAAAGUACGAAGACCCCCAAGCCACCAAAGGCCUUGCUGGUGCCCUCGAUGCCCGGCAGCAGAGCACAGGAGCGGUACCAGUUCCUCAAGCCAAUUUCAUGGAAGACAUAGAAAAGUGGCUCUCCACUGAUGUGGGAGAAUCAGAGGAUCCAAAAGGUGUUACCAGUGAAGAGUUUGACAAAUUUCUGGAAGAGCGAGCGAAAGUUGCAGACCGCCUCCCCACUUUGUCCAGCUCCUCAGCAGGGAGGUCUGUGUCCCCUCCUGCUGCCAGCCAUCAUCAGAAGCAAGCAAAGGAAGAUGAUGCUAUGUUUGCCUUGUGAAUGCUAUGGACCGGUGUGCUGUGGAGCAAGAGGCUGUGUGUGCUGUUUUGCUUGCCUCCAGCCAGGGGCCAGCAGAGGAAGGACUCUGUCCCCUUCCUCCAUUCUCUUCCUGUUUUACCUUUGAGUUGUUUUUAUUUUUAAGUUGCUUUCAGACAUCAGAUAAUCUUCGUUGUGUUUAGGGAUAUCAUACAAUAGACUUGUAAAGGGGGGUUUCAAAGCUGCUAGAGAAUGUGGGAGUUCAGUGGGCUUUUCUUUUUAUGGUACAGUGUGGGCAAAGCAGAAGAAGCUCCAGAAGAAGCUCCCCAAUCCUACUCUCCAGUGAGGUAGUUAGAGAUCUUGCCCAAGAAACAGGAGAGGCUGCAGUCUGCUGCUGAAAUCAUUCCUGCCUGCCUCUUUCCUCACCCCUCCCCUAGAAUGUAUCUCCAGCCCUCUGCCUGCCAGUGUUAGACUGGAAAGCACGGGGAUGUGAAGCAUUACUGGUGGCCAAGGAGGAACACUAAUGGUAGAGGGACCCUGUUGCUCUAAUCUCUCUUGCACAAGUGCUUGUGGUAUGCAACACCUUCCCACUCACAACCCCUUCUCUUCCUCUUCCUUGCCUCCCUUUCCCCAUCAGUUUAUCCAGAAUCCUACCCACAGCCCAGAUGCUUCCACUGCAUGACAGCCAGUCAUCCAAGCCCUCGGACUUGGACAGGACUGCAAGCGGUACCCCAGGCUCAAGGGGUUGUCUCCCACGGGGUAGGAUGUGCCUUCAGCAAACUAUUUGCAGUUAAUUUAAUUCUCCAUUAUCAUACUUUACUCCCAAUGUGCUCUUACCUCCCUCUCUCACUUCCACUGAUGCCUUCCACCACAUCGUGCCGUGGUGUGGGGAGUCUCUGUGAGCCAGGCCAAUGCUACAGCCUCCCUCAGGAUGGCUGUGUGUGCCGGGGUCACAGAGCUGCAUCCCCUUAAAGCAGGAGGCCCUUCCAUCGCCACUGUCACACCCAUGGGAACGUGCUGUUGCUGCAGAAGCUCGUUCAGCUGGUGAACACAGAGGGGAAGUGAGACAUCAGUCAUCUCAUGCCAGUGCAACAGCCCUGCAGCAGCCAGAAGUUCCUCUGCACACGGGGAGAAAAACCCUUCAGAGCAAACCGCACACGCUGCCCACUUGUAAAUGAAAGCCAAGGAGGAGGGUGCCAAGCUCAGGGCUCCUGCUCGUGGGAUUUCUUGAUGAGCGUGGGAGAGUUGUCUUUUUUUACUGCACAUUAAAGGAGCAAAGACUUGA